CGUUGUCCGCAGUGGAGAGUAAGGUCAGACUCUCUCGGCCUGUUUACGGACUCUGUUACAGAACAUCAUGGUGUUUCUGACGUUACCCUGCUGGAUACGGAGUCGAGGGCCUGACCGCUACUGGAAGGUGCAGGAGCUGCUGAAGAAUGCGCGGCACUUCAGAGGCAGGAAGAACCGAUGCUACAAGCUGGCGGUCCGGGCGGUCCGCAGGGCCUUCGUCUACGCAACAAAGGCGAGAAAAGCAAAGCGGCGCAACAUGAGAACGCUGUGGAUUUCUCGCAUAGCUGCAGCUUCGCGUGAGCACGGAAUGAAAUAUCCUGUUCUAAUGUACAAUCUCGUACAAUGCAGCGUCCAGCUGAACCGGCGGAUUUUGAGUGACCUGGCGAUCACAGAGCCACGGACGUUUCAGGCUCUGGCGACGUUGGCGCGAGCGCGGCAGCAGGAGGGCCUGCAGGCGGCGCUGGGAGACGGGAAAGAGCCGCCGGGUGUCUUCUCACGCAUCACACAGCUGCAGUGAACGACUCCCCCUCAACCAAUCGCAGCGCACCUGUGCCGUUUCUCCACAGAGUCCCAGAGCAGCAUGAGACCCUCUACAGUUACAGCAGAGUCCGGAUUUACUGACCUGCAGAGUCCAGGUGUCCAGUUUUACUGACCUGCAGAGUUCAGACUGUAGUAGCCGGGUCUCUUCAGGUGUUUGGAAGAGUUUCACGGCUGCAGUGUGACGUUCGUUACAUCGGCCUUUGCAGUGCUGUCGGCGCAGAAGGCUGCAAUAUGCAAAUGAGCCCUCUAACCAAUCAUAAUCUUUACUGUAUGCUUUAAGGGUUCUUUAGCCAAGGAAAUGGUUCUACAUAGAACCA